GUGAUAGCGGCCUUCGAUUUCUUCGAGAGGAAGAUCCAGGCCGAAAUCAAAGCUGAGAACAUCACGGACCAGGACGAAAUCGAUAUGCGGGAGCAGAAUUUAAAUCCGGUGAAGGUGAUGUCCUCCGGCUAUGAAGGACGGGCUCCUGAGCCCUUCUUUGCCGGGGGCAAGAUGCGAACGCUGCAGCGUCUCAAGUGGUGGGAGACCUACGAAGCGAAGGACAACAGGCUGGUAGUCAUUGGUCACUACUGGCGCCGCUUUCUGGAUGAGGUGAGCCCUAAGGUCUUGGAAAAGUACCC